AUGGAUGGACUAGGGAACGUCAGGAUCAAGACGGGCGUGGGGACAAUGCAGCAGCAGCAGCGGGAGUGGGCAUUCGUCCCGAAAAACCAGCAAACCAGCACAACACAGCAGCGACGCAAGAGGAACAUGAUGGAGAACGCGGCCAAAAGCAAAAGACUAUCCGAUGAAUCAGACGGCCGCAGGCUCCAAGAGCAUGGCGCCACGCUGAGGAGCAAAAUCAAUAUGUGA